ACUUGGACCCAAAAAUAAGCUCCUCGUUGGGGCAGAAUCUAAACUUGGAUCUAAAUUCGGUGGUUUGUGAGUCAUAAUGUCAAAUUUUUACCAAAUUGUACUGACGGGUCAAUCAUCAAUGGUUGAAGGAAUUGUUUAUUCUGUAGCUCGAAGAAGGCCGGACGAGAGGGACAAUCCGAAUUGGAGAAUCUUGCUGGCUGCCCUAAAAAGGAAAAAGCUUCACCUUCACGGUAUCAAGGUGAACUGGUGGUGAAUGAAGUAGCUACGGUGCAAAAAGAAUAAACAUAUAGUCACUUUCUCUCUUCUCUUCUUUCUUCUUUUAAUUUAGAUUUCUCCUUUUUUGUUGGAGACGACUGGACUCGACUCGAAGAUGCGUCCUGAUCAAACCAACUUUACUUUACCCACCCACCCUUUAAAAUAAUUGCCCUGCCAUGACUGUUUCAUUCAAUUCUCAAGUCGUACUCAAGGAGAAGCGAACCCAUUUUUGUUUGCGCUCUCUGAUAUGACUGCUUCUGCUGCUCCGAUUUCAGUUUCAGGUGAUCCCUUUGUUUCCAUUUCCAGGCCUCUUGCUUUGCCCUUAUCCUUCAAUUCCUCCUGCAUUCAGCUUCAUGGAGCUACAUUGAGGGCAUCAAGGAUCUUUAGCUUUAAGCUGGAAACACGGAAAACUGAGCUAACCCAUUUGAGAUUGUUGAAGGGUUUGAGGAGCAAAAAAAAUUCAGACUUAAAGGCUUCCAUGGGGCCUUCUGGAUUUACACAGCAACAUGAAAACAACAAUCCAGGAACUGUUACAGAAGCUGAAAAGGGGCAUGAUCUAUUUAAUGAUCUGAAGGACAGGUUCUUAAGUUUUAAAAAGAAUAAAUACAUGGGAAACUUGGAACAUUUCCAAAAUCUUGCUGAGGUACAAUCACCACAGUUUAUGGUCAUUGCUUGUGCAGACUCUAGGGUUUGCCCAUCAUAUAUUCUGGGAUUUCAACCAGGUGAAGCUUUCAUGAUUCGGAAUGUUGCUAAUUUGGUAACUCCAUUUGAGAAUGGACCAACAGAGACAAAUGCUGCUCUGGAAUUUGCCGUAACUACGCUUAAAGUGGAGAACAUCUUAGUCAUUGGUCACAGCUGCUGUGGGGGAAUUCGUGCUCUUAUGAGCAUGCAAGAUGAUGCAAAUGGAAGCCUCUUAGAAAGCUGGGUUGUUGCUGGAAAAAAUGCCAGAAUAAAAACUGAGGCUGCUGCUUCGGGCCUUGACUUUGAUCAGCAGUGCAGGCAUUGUGAGAAGGAAUCACUUAACCAUUCCUUAUUGAACCUUCUGACCUAUCCAUGGAUAGAAGAAAGGGUGUGCAAAGGAGAACUGCUCAUUCAUGGAGGUUAUUAUGAUUUCAUUGAAUGCUCAUUUGAGAAAUGGACAUUAGAUUGCAUGAAAAUGAAAUUAGAAGGAACUGCUAGGUUAUUAGUCAAAGACAGAGUUGUUUGGUCCUAAACUUUUGCUUCUGUUUCUCUCAGCUCUGGCGGAUUGUUUUCCUCUUUUGAAAUAAAUGUUUCUUAAGUGAGCUCUUGUCAACUGAUGAUUUUAUAGUCCAUACAUUUAUUUCAAAUUAUGUUAUAAGUUGGGUUCAGCAGAGAUUAAAUAACUCUUAUGCUAUGUUUGGAUGUAUAUAUAAAUUUGGAUUUGGACCAAAU